CGCGUCCUCCAUCCCGCCGGCCGGGGCCUCGGCUUCCUCCCCGUCGUCCUCUCCGUCCUCUCCGUCCUCGCCGUCCUCGUCCCCCGGCCCCCGAGCCCCGCGUCCCGCCGUCGCCGCUCGCUCGCGUGCAGGAUGGAAACACCAUGGCCGCGGCUGCCCAGCUCUCCCUGACACAGCUGUCACGUGGAAAUCCUGUAUAUGAAAAGUACUAUAGACAGGUGGACGCUGGCCACGCUGGGAGGGUGCUGGCUUCGGACGCUGCUGCUCUGCUGAAGAAGUCGGGGCUCCCAGACCUGGUUCUCGGCAAGAUUUGGGAUUUAGCCGACACAGAUGGGAAAGGUGUCCUGAGCAAACAAGAGUUCUUUAUUGCUUUGCGGCUUGUGGCAUGUGCCCAGAAUGGACUGGAGGUUUCAUUGAAUAGCUUGAAUCUGGCUGUUCCUCCACCAAGAUUUCACGAUCCUGGCAGUCCUUUGCUGACCAGCGCGCUCUCAGCGGCUGAGCUGCCGUGGUCUGUGAAGCCUGAAGAUAAGGCCAAAUACGAUGCAAUUUUUGAUAGUUUAAGCCCUGUGGAUGGACUUUUGUCUGGCGACAAAGUGAAGCCAGUGUUGCUGAACUCUAAGUUACCUGUGGAAAUCCUUGGAAGAGUUUGGGAACUGAGUGACAUUGACCAUGAUGGAAAACUUGACAGAGAUGAGUUUGCAGUUGCCAUGUUUUUGGUAUACUGCGCCCUGGAGAAGGAACCUGUGCCAAUGUCCUUGCCUCCAGCCUUGGUGCCUCCCUCCAAGAGACAGACGUGGGUCGUGUCCUCCGCAGAAAAAGCUAAAUAUGAUGAGAUCUUCCUGAAAACCGACACGGAUAUGGAUGGAUUCGUGUCCGGAUCAGAGGUCCGAGAAAUCUUCCUGAAGACAGGCCUACCUUCUGCCUUACUAGCCCGCAUCUGGGCCUUAUGCGACACCAAGGGCUGCGGGAAGCUUUCGAAGGAUCAGUUCGCCCUGGCCUUCCACCUGAUCAACCAGAAGCUUCUGAAGGGCACCGACCCCCCUCACGUCCUUCCUCCCGAGAUGGUUCCCCCGUCAGACAGGAGCAGCUCGCACAAGAGCACCAUAGGAUCAAGUCCCGCUGCGGAUUUCUCUGCUAUUAAGGAGCUAGAUACCCUUAACAAUGAAAUUGUUGACCUGCAAAGAGAAAAGAACAAUGUGGAGCAGGACCUCCGAGAGAAGGAAGGCGCCGUCAAGCAGAGGACAAGCGAGGUUCAGGACCUGCAGGAUGAGGUUCAAAGGGAGACCGCUAACCUGCAGAAGCUGCAGGCGCAGAAGCAGCAGGUGCAGGAGCUCCUGGGGGAACUGGACGAGCAGAAAGCCCAGCUGGAGGAGCAGCUCCAGGAAGUCAGGAAGAAGUGCGCGGAGGAGGCCCAGCUGAUCUCUUCCCUAAAAGUUGAAAUAACCAGUCAAGAAUCACAGAUCUCCACUUACGAAGAAGAGCUGGCAAGAGCGAGGAAAGAACUGAGUCGGCUGCAACAAGAAACCGCGGAGUUGGAAGAGAGUGUGGAGUCGGGAAAGGCUCAGCUGGAGCCUCUUCAGCAGCACCUACGGGACUCACAGCAGGAACUCAGCGCGAUGCAAAUGAGGCUGAUGGAAAUGAAAGAGGCGGAGCAUCCUAACACCCAGCCACACUUGUGGAGCGGCCCACACAGCCUUCUGGUCAACGGUGCUGCAGACUCCUGCAGCCUCAGCCCCAGCAGCAGUGAGGCGGCCAACUUGAAUGAACACGAGGAAGUCCAGGGCAACCUAGAACCUGAGCCCAUGCACCAAGGGUCGCCGGCUAGAAGCAGUCCUGAAAUACCACCUUCUGAUACGGCUGAUGACAAUGAAUUGGGGGCCACAGCUGCUAGUGAAAACGUUUGUCCCAGAUUUGACCAGGACAAGCCCUCAAAAGAGGAUGAUCCAUUUAAUGGAGAAUCAAGUUCACUGACCGAUCCAGUUACAGAUACAAACUUGGACUUUUUCCAGUCUGAUCCUUUUGUUGGCAGUGACCCUUUCAAGGAUGACCCUUUUGGGAAAAUUGAUCCUUUUGGUGGUGAUCCUUUUAAAGGCUCAGAUCCGUUUGCAUCUGAUUGCUUCUUUAAGCAGACUUCUGAUUCUGAUCCUUUUGCCACUUCAACCACUGAUCCCUUCAGUGCAUCCAGCAAUGGCAGUAACACAUUGGUGGACGCACUGAGUCACAAUGACCCUUUUGCUCCUGGCGGGACAGCUGUCGUCGCGGCAAGUGACUCAGCCGCUGACCCGUUUGCUUCUGUUUUCGGAAACGAGCCGUUCGGAGACGGGUUCGCCGACUUCAGCACGCUGUCGAAGGCCAACAGUGAUGACCCUUUUAAUCCUGCCACAUCGAGCUCUGCCAGCAGUGAGGUCAUUCCAAAAACUGGGUUUGAGGAAAUGCCAGUCAUGACUGAAGAUGUACCCCCAGCACUGCCACCAAAGACUGGAACGCCAACAAGACCUUGCCCUCCACCACCUGGGCAAAGACCCAGCAACAAACUGGAGCCUUCUGAUCCAUUUAAACCAAACGACCCACGUCCGCCUUUCCCAGGCCACAACAGCCCCACAGACCCGUUCACUUCCGCCACUACCAAUAAAGAGGCUGACCCAAGCAAGGUCGCUCACUUCAGUGCUUAUCCUUCUGAAGAAGAUAUGAUUGAGUGGGCCAAGAGGGAAAGUGAGAAAGAGGAGGAGCAGAGGCUGGCCCGGCUGAACCAGCAGGAGCGAGAAGACCUGGAGCUGGCCAUCGCGCUGAGCAAGUCCGAGAUGUCAUCAGAAGCCUGAGCCUCCUGAUGUCUCUAAAUUAACCUCUCAGAUCCUCUGAGCCCUGUCUGCUGUUGUGUCUCUCACGCGUCCAGGCAUUGGAGAGACCACCUCACCGCCUGGCCGCCGUCACCGUCCUGGUGGCCGGUGGGCUUCUUAGCAAAUUCAGAUGCUCUCCCCUGGUUCGAAUGCCUUAAGGAGGGAAAGGGAAGAGCAUCGUGUUUUCUUUUAUGGAUCAUACAGAUUGGCUACUUUCGAGACAUUUUUGUAUUUCUGUAUGGCAAAAUAAUAAUAAUAAUAAUAAUGCAGCUUCAUUUGGUCUCUUAAACAUGGGGAAACAAUUGGAUAGAGACAGACUCCACUAUUGAAAAAGAGAUACAUUAGAUUGGACUCUUGUCACUUCAGACUCACUAAUUCCUAAAUAAAAGCAUUAAACCGUCACGUGUGAAAUACCUUUUUAUGAAUAAAUUUUCUCUGGACUUGACGAUUUUAGUUCAAUAGCUAUCUUGCCAUAUGUUUGCUGAUUAGCAAAAAAAAGUCUCUUACAUAUGAAAUCUGUAAGGAAGCGCUCGCUUGAAACGCCAGACAGUGGAGAAAAUGUAUAGCUUAAAAUAGAACUCACCAAUGUAAUGCAAGGGAAAACUCCGCAUGCAGCCGUUCUGCCUCUUUAAUUCCACUGUCCCUCCUCUGAUUCGUUCUUGAACUUGGCAGAAGAAAGGACGCCAGGACUAGAAGGUACUUUGAUUUUCAUUUCUGUAUUUUGUUUUCUUUGGUAAAGGCCCAGCCGCUUGAAAUGUCAAAACUUCCACCAGGUUCAAAUGGUGGGGUUGGGGGCCGGGGGAGUAACCCAUUCUGUACCGCUGUCUGUCCAUCUUUGUGGUUGAAAUGAGUUUGUUUUUGCCUAUCAUGUUCUCACCCAUAAAGUCAGCAAGCUAACAAAAAGAGUUUUUAUUUUACAUUGAGAAGCCCACUUUCGCUGAAGCUGACCCAGCAGAUGGUUGCAUUUGAAACGGAUGGUGAAGUAGACUGUAAAUUAUAAUGUUAUUUUUUUAACACGUGUUACUGAUUGAGAUAAUAUUUUGAAUACCGGGAUCAAGGAAAAGGCAUCUGCAAAUGAGUUAAACUCUGGAGUCGCUAAGCAAAGGUGGUAUUGGUCUGGGUUAACCAGAGAAACUGCUUAACAAAUAAAUCCCACCCUAUCUAAUUCAGCUCAUCUUUCUCCAUACGCUGUCGGGUGGCUGGAAUCCUAAACCACUUUCUUGCACUGCUAAUUUCUAUUGUUAUGAAUAGAAAUACUUGGGCAUAAAAGUCGAACACAUGAAGCAAGGGCCAACAUGGUCACAAAGCUUAGGUUUUGAUAAACUGAUCCAGUGAGCUAAGAGUGCGCUGUAAAGGUCGACUGAUGGAGAAAGUAGUUUGGGGGGAUUGUGAUAGGUGGAAUUGGGGGGAGGGUUCCGCCCUCACCUUCCCAUUACCGUUCUGGGAAGAGGUAAGUGGGCUUGAAUAACCUUCUUUUGCACUGGGGAAAAUGAACAAAUGUUUGAAAUGCUUUAAGGAAUUUUUUAAUUAAAAAAAAAAAAACAAAACUCUGGAAAACAUGAAAUACCUGUAACUUAUAGACACCAACUUUUGAUGUAAUAAGUGCACCCUUAAUGUAUGUUUAACUGGAUUAUAUAGUCUUCUGUUAAAAUAUGUAUGCUUAGUGAACCAAUAUAAUAUGAAAGUCUGUAUAUAUAAAUAUAUAUAUCACUAUCUCCUUGCUCGCUUGUACAAGAUGAAUGUCUUACUGACAAUGUGAUUGCUUGUGGUGUUGACCCUGGCCCUAGGGCCUAUGCUAAACAAAUACAUAUUGUAAAGCACUAAACGGCAGCACUCAAAUGUUUUAACCUUCUUCUACUUAUUGGUUCAUCUUUAUUUGCGCUAGCCGCCCUCAAGCUUCCUCUUGUUUCAGACUUCUAAGUGAUAGCCUGUAAUUACAAGGACAAUAAACUGUAAGUUACAAGAAAA